AUCAUGUGACCUGCCCUCCCACUGUGCCAAAAUGGCGACGCCCAGGUCCUAAUCCGGGAAACGUGCACCCAGAAUAUCUCGGUCCUCGACACCUCGGGCGAGGGCUUGGCGGGUAGAGGCCCCCGCGGAUGUCCCGUGCGAGAAUCCUUCCGUGGCUAAACCUGACUCUCCGCUCCGCCUGCAGUCUCUGUAGAGCCGGGUUUAUGGAGGGGCAGCCGCAAGGGCUGCCGAAUCCGGCCGAAAUGGAGAACGGCACUAAGCCCUGCGGAGAAGAGCGCCCCUCUGAGAUUCAGGAGACAACUGUCACCGAGGGGGCCGCCAAAAUAGCCUUCCCCAGCGCCAACGAAGUCUUCUACAACCCAGUGCAGGAGUUCAACCGGGACCUGACAUGUGCCGUGAUCACCGAGUUUGCUCGCAUUCAGCUCGCGGCCAAAGGAAUCCAGAUCAAGGUACCAGGUGAGAAGGACGUGCAAAAGGUGGUCGUGGACUUGUCAGAGCAAGAGGAGGAAAAGGCUGAGAUGAAGGAGGGUGCAAACCUGGCCCCAGGAGACCAACCUCGAACAGCUGCCGUGGGGGAGAUCUGCGAGGAAGGCCUUCGAGUACUGGAGGGUCUGGCAGCCUCCGGCCUACGUUCCAUUCGCUUUGCGCGAGAGGUGCCCGGGCUCCAGUCUGUGGUUGCCAAUGAUGCCUCUGCCCGAGCCGUGGAUCUCAUUUGCCGUAACGUGCAGCUCAACGGUGUGGCCCACCUGGUACAUCCCAGGCAGGCAGAUGCCCGGAUGCUGAUGUACCAGCACCAGAAGGUAUCCGAGCGGUUUGAUGUCAUCGACCUGGACCCCUAUGGCAGCCCUGCUCCCUUCUUGGAUGCAGCUGUGCAGGCUGUGAGUGAAGGAGGGCUGCUGUGCGUGACCUGCACGGACAUGGCAGUGCUGGCGGGGAACAGCGGAGAGACGUGCUACAGCAAGUAUGGGGCCAUGGCCCUCAAGAGUCGUGCCUGCCACGAGAUGGCCCUGAGGAUCGUCCUGCACAGCCUGGACCUCCGAGCCAACUGCUACCAGCGCUUCGUGGUGCCACUGCUCAGCAUCAGCGCUGACUUCUAUGUGCGUGUUUUCGUUCGUGUCUUCACCGGCCAGGCCAAGGUCAAAGCCUCAGCCAGCAAGCAGGCACUGGUAUUCCAGUGUGUGGGCUGCGGGACCUUCCACCUUCAGCAUCUUGGCAAAGCGUCGGGAGCCGCUGGUGGCCGGGUCAAGUUUUCUGCAGCCUGCGGUCCCCCGGUCGCUCCGGAGUGUGAGCACUGUGGGCAGCGACACCAGCUUGGCGGUCCUCUGUGGGCAGAGCCCAUCCAUGACCUGGACUUCGUGGGUCGUGUCCUAGAGGCUGUGAGCACCAACCCUGGCCGCUUCCACACCUCGGAGCGCAUCCGAGGGGUCUUGAGUGUCAUCACUGAGGAGCUCCCGGACGUGCCUCUCUACUACACGCUGGACCAGCUAAGCAGCACCAUCCACUGCAGCACGCCCAGCCUCCUACAGCUACGGUCGGCCCUCCUCCACGCUGGCUUCCAGGUCUCACUGUCCCACGCCUGCAAGAAUGCGGUGAAGACGGAUGCCCCCUCUUCGGCCCUCUGGGACAUCAUGCGCUGCUGGGAAAAGGAGUGUCCGGUGAAACGGGAGCGCCUGUCAGAGACCAGCCCGGCGUUCCGCAUUCUCAGCGUGGAGCCCAGGCUGCAGGCCAACUUCACUAUCCGGGAUGAUGCCAACCCCAGCUCCCGCCAGCGAGGACUCAAGCGCUUCCAGGCUAAUCCCGAGGCCAACUGGGGCCCCCGGCCCCGCGCCCGGCCAGGGGGCAAGGCUGCAGGUGAAGCUAUGGAGGAGAGACGCAGGCUGCACCAGAAUAAGAGAAAGGAGCCCGCGGAAGACCCAGUCCAGCGGGCUGCCCGGCUCAAGACGUUUCCCUGUAAAAGAUUCAAGGAGGGCACCUGUCAGCGCGGGGACGAGUGCUGCUACUCCCACAGCUCCCCAACACCCGAGGACGCUGCUGAAGCCACCCCCAAUGACGGUCCCAAGACCCCUUACCAGAACCCACCAGGGCCAGGCGUCGCCACUGGUCCCGGAGUAGACUGAGCCAAUAAAGAGAUGUCAUCUCUUCGCCGGUCUUGUCUGAA